UGACUCAAAAUUAGUUUUUUUUUAUUUCAAACUUGUAUUAUUUUUUCAGGACUCCAACGAAAUACAUUUCAGAGUCAAGAUGACUACGCAAAUGGGGAAACUCAAAAAAUCAUACAGCGAUCGAGUGGCGGUCCCAGCAUCCUCCCUGAGGUUCCUGUUUGAUGGGAGGCGCAUCAGUGAUGAAGACACGCCCAAACAAUUAGAAAUGACCAAUGACGAUAUAGAAGUUUACCAGGAGCAGACUGGUGGAGAACUAGAUGGACUGACAAAUGUUCAGCUACGAGAACAUCCGAUAUCCCAGAGCAGACUGGACAUCCAAAUUCACCACUCGUCACGCUCAGGCCGUGUUGAUGGUGGAUGGGUGACCGUUGGUGGAAGGACUUGAUAAUUAUUGUGUUUGGGGCGAAGGACUUGAAAUCUUUAGUUGAGAAAGAAGCUGUGGAGUUCCGCAGGGCUGUAUUUGUGGAGGACUCUUGUGAACUUAGUUUUGAUCUAAAUUGUGUUGUAAAAUUUGUAUAGUAUAGAUGCAAAAUCAUACGAGGGUGAGUCAAUUAUUAUCCGUAUUUCUGUUCAUGUUGGUAGCACUGUUUGGCUCAACUCACAAUAAAUUGACAAAUUGUUAACUGAAGCCGAUAGUCCUAGUAGUUGUUUUUCGUGAAGCUAUGUGACGCUGGUAGUCUCUCAUACUGUGCCCUUCUUACACUCU